AACUCGAACAUCGGACCGGACAACUAGUGGCAGGCACUCUGGACAGCAUAGACCGCAAACACCUUCUCUUAUAUUUGCAGAGGGUUUUUUUUCAGGCUAGAACAUUUCACCAUGUAUCUCAAACUAUUUAUAUUUUUGUUGGUUGGAAACGUUGCAACGGCUGCGUUUUCUAACGGGAGUUCCAUCGGGAGGUCGUUUACCAGAUGGAAGGAGUUGGUCACCGAUGAGCCGUUGGAUCUAACAGAACUAGACGACAUUUUAGUCAACACCUCGGAGCAGAGCACUAACAAGUCAACAUCUGGACCCAAUAACAGAUCCAGACCUGUACCUUGGAACCAGGUGACGCGCAGGUACUACCUGUCAGAGGAGGUGCAGAGCUUCCUCCGCGGCCGGGUGUCCACCAUCUUCAUCCCGUCGGUCUACGCCCUCGUCUUCGUCAUCAGCGUGCCGCUCAACGCCGUCGCCACGGUUACCUUCGCCCGGAAGAUCCGUCCCAUGAAGCCGGCGGUGGUGUACAUGCUGAAUCUGGCGUGCGCCGACCUCCUCUUCGCCCUACUGCUGCCCUUCAAGAUGUCCUACCACUUCGGCGGCAACGACUGGACGUUCGGCCCGGGGAUGUGCAGCUUGGUCACGGCUGCCUUCUACUGCAACAUGUACUGCUCGGUCCUCCUCAUCGCCUCCAUCAGCGUGGACCGGCUGCUGGCUGUGGUCUACCCCAUCCAGUCUCUGUCCUGGAGGAGCCCCAGGAACGCGGCGCUAGCCUGCGCCGGCAUGUGGGUCCUGGCUGUGGGCGGCUCCCUGCCUCUUCUCGUCUCCCGGCAGGACUUGUACCACGAGCAGCUGGGCCUCACCACCUGCCACGACGUCCUGGACGAGGACCUCCAGGGCCGCUACCUGUACUUCUUCCCCGCCUUCUCCUGCCUCCUCUUCUUCCUGCCUCUCCUUGUCACCUCCGUCUGCUACGCGCGGGUGAUCUGGGCGCUCAGCGUGGUCCCUCUCGGGGUCGUGGGUCGCUCGCAGAGGAAGGCCCGGGCCGUGGUGAUGGCGGCGGCCGUGCUGGUGGUGUUCGUGGUCUGUUUCACCCCCACCAACUCCCUGCUCGUGGCUCAUUUCCUGCAGUUUGCUGAAGGGGGCCGUGCCGGGGGUGCCGACGCCAUGUACACAGCCUACCUGGUGUCUGUGUGUGUGGGCAGUCUGAGCUGCUGCCUGGAUCCCCUGGUCUACUACUACGGCUCGUCGCAGUGCCAGAGACACCUGGCCAGCGUGCUCUGCUGUCGGGCUGGUCCGAAGGGUGGCAAGGGUCUGUACUCUGGUUCGAGCAGGUCCAGCACUAGAACCAGCUCUGGAACCUCCACCCGCAUCACCAAGGUGAACGCAUUCCAAGAGAGGCACAGCAGCCAGUGCCAGAAGCUACUGGUCUGAGAGGGAGACACGUCUGUUUUCUGAUUGGCUGACUGACUGACUGUCUGGCGCACACAUGUGCGCCAAACUCCCAAAAUGAAGAAGAGAAUUGUGAACUUCCACUGUCAACUAGAUCAAGGAAACAGACCUAUUUUUAAAGAGUAAAAAAUGAAUAUGUGGUUUAAAAAAGAAGAGAUAAAGGCUUUCCAUUUGUCCCACUAAAGUGGGAUAACUUAAGUGGGAUAACUUAAGUCCUGUUUAUAUUUUUGUAUGACCUACGCAGCUCUUAAAACUAACACUGAACAAUAAAACUACAUUGAUCUUUACACAGCCAAUCUUCAUGUAUGUUCUUUGAAUUAAAUUUAGCUUUGUGUUGUCUCUUAUAAGAUACUCUAUUACUGCUGAUUCUUACAAAUGUUUGUAUAUUGUUGCAUAUUGUUAAACGUAUAAACCGCCUGCAUUAAUGCUGUGCACUGUAACCUAACGGAAGUCACAUAAUUGCACAGUCCUUCACUUGCGUUAGGCUGCCCUCUGCUGGAUUACAAGAGUCAAGACAUUCUUGGUGCUGUUCAGGUGUAGUUCCUGCAGGUGGCGCUACAUAUCCAGCUAAUCUAAGAUGAUGUUUUGUAUAGGUCAGUUUCUAUAGCUGUGCUCUAAUAUCUCUAUUGCUACUGUCUCUGAACAUCUGAAAGCCAAAUAAAUAAAUAAUGUUUG